AUGGCGAAGAAGUUUACUGAUAAGUGGAGAUUGUCUGCCAACGUUAAGAAGAGUGCCGUCAUGGUAUGCAACGAGAACAAGGAGGAACCAGUAGGACAUGGAUGGAAGUGGGGGAUCGAGGAGAUUGCAGUAGCGGACCAGUACACAUACCUUGGAGUAGAGAUCGCAAAAGAUUGCUCGUGGAAUGCACACAUGUCCAAGGUAUCGGAAAAGGGCAAAGCACGAGCAGGGAAGCUGCAUCCAAUACUCGCAAACCGGCACCUCGAUACACGCAUCAAAUUGACGGUUUUGAAGAGCGUAAUCGUACCGCCGCUAGAGUACGCCGGAGAAGUAUGGGAAGGAAAUAAGAAGGUAGUGAAAGAACUCGAGGCGGCGCAGAUGAAAGCAGCGAAAAUCAUCCAAGGAUGCUCCAAGCGCACAAGCAAUGCAGCCGUCAGGGCAGAACUGGGGAUCCAACUCCUACGGUCGGGAAGAGACGCGAGGAAGCUGACCUGGCAGUAUCGCAUNUGCAGCCACGCGAGGAAGCUGACCUGGCAGUAUCGCAUGUGCGGGAUGGGAGAGGAGAGGUUGCCGAGAAUUGUAUGGGAGGCGAAGUGGGCAAACAAAAAGAGGGGUAGACAACCCACGGAAUGGGUCAAGGUUGUAGAGGACGUAUGGAAGGGGCUCGACAUCGACGAAGAUGAAACGCUGGAAACGGAGAUUCUAAAGGGGUUCAAGGAAAAGAUAUCUGUUGCUUUUGCCGAGAGAGAA